ACAAGCACAUACGACCACAGGGUGUGGAAAACAGGGCUUCCCGUCCGCUCAGCCGUACUUAAGCCACACGCCGGGAGGUUAGUAGUUGGGUGGGUGACCACCAGCGAAUCCCUUCUGUUGUAUGUUUUUGCUUUUGUCAGUUGUCUCUUAUUAGUUGCUGACCUUCACUCCUUUCGCCUCUCUAAGUUACAACCGUCGCGCCGAAUGGCCGCCAUGGCCGCCAUGGCUUUCGGCCGUAGCCCACCCUAUCAUGAUACUUGCCCCGUCAAACUUUUCAGGACCUUUACCUUUAAGGCACACUGACUUCUCAUUAUAGGACUUACCAGCG